UUGUGGCUUCGUUCUUUAGAAAGAAACCUGCAACCUCACAUUGAAAAGCAAGAGAAGUUGAAAGACAUAAGAAAAAUAAAUACAGAGCAAUGGAGAAAAGAGAAGAUCUUGAGACGAUCUUAGCCUACUUGCCGUUAAAGAUUCAAGAUUCGUCUCUGUCUUGGCCAUCACCGCACUUGGUGGAGGUUUUAGAAGCUAUGACCAAAGGACCGAGUCACAGCCGAAUGGAUUCGGGACAAACUCUUUCUGAUUCUAUCUCUGACAUGAGACAAACUCUCUCUUUGAGUUCUUAUCUUUCUUCUUCAGCACUUCAAGGCUACGCUCUCUACUUUGACGAGAGAUUGUCGAAAGAAGAAUCAAGCAGAUGGUUUAACGAGGUCAUACCUGCAAUGGCUUGUCUUCUUUUGAGAUUCCCAUCUCUCUUGGAAUUACACUAUCUAAAUUCAGACAACCUCAUCAAUGGAACCAAAACCGGUCUUCGUGUCUUAGUCCCCAAGAAAGCUGGCAUUGUGUUCCUCAGCCAGGAACUCAUAGGAGCAUUGCUUUCAUGUUCUUUCUUCUGUUUGUUCCCUGUCGAUAGUAGAGGCUUGAAUCAUCUACCAAUCAUCAAUUUCGACAAACUAUUCGGAAGCCUAAUCAACACAGGGAGAAAUGAGCAUCAAGAGAACAAGAUAAAGUGCAUAACUCAUUACUUCCAGAGGCUAUCUUCAUGUAUCCCUCCUGGAUUCGUCUCAUUCGAAAGAAAGAUUCUCACUUUAGAGAAAGAUUCUUCUGGUCUCGAAGCUUUUCCUGAUGAAGGCUUUUGGAGAAACUCUACUGUCAAACUCUGCCCUGUUGUGGUUCAUACUUCUGGUUUGAUCGAGGAUCAAAGCGUUGAAACUCUUGAAGUUGACUUCGCCAACAAGAACUUAGGAGGUGGCGCUCUUCGCAAGGGAUGUGUCCAGGAAGAGAUUAGAUUCAUGAUCAACCCAGAAUUGAUCGCUGGGAUGCUCUUCUUACCAACCAUGGAAGUCAAUGAAGCCAUUGAAGUUGUUGGUGCAGAAAGAUUCUCUCAUUACACAGGAUAUGCAUCUUCGUUUCGGUUUUUUGGUGACUACAUUGAUACAAAGGAAACAGAUGUAUUCGGAAGGCGAACAACGAGAAUCGUAGCUAUAGAUGCUCUGCGUCACCCAGGAGUCUCCCAAUACAAACCUGAAUCCCUCCUCAGGGAGACCAAUAAGGCUCUUUGUGGUUUCCUCCACGUCUGCAAGAAUCAGAGUAACGCGCUGUGCAUGGAUCAUGAAGAUGGAGUUGGUGUUGCUACAGGGAAUUGGGGAUGUGGUGCUUAUGGUGGAGAUCCUGAGCUCAAGUCUCUUCUUCAAUGGCUUGCUGUAUCACAGGCAAGAAGAUCUUUCAUGUCUUACUACACUUUUGGAUUUGAAGCACUACAUAAUCUUAAUCAGGUAACGGAAUUGGUUGUAUCUAAAGGAUGGACAGUGGGAUACCUAUGGAAGAAUCUGGUCAAGUAUUCGAACCAGAGGUUGAAAAACAAGAAAAGAAGAGAACCUAAACUUGGUUUGUUUGAUUGGCUUAUUUCGAUCAAAUCUUCUUAAUAACGCAACACAUCUAAUUGUGAUUUCACUUUGAGAUAGAGAUUAUAUCUUUUGUAUUUUGGAGUGAAGUUUAAAUAAAAUAAAAAAGCAGUGAGAAAAUAUUAUCUAGUACAAACAGAAAAAUGAAAUAGUUCCAUUGUUAAUCCAAUUACAUUAGAGAAGUAACAAACUUUAUUGAAAAAAGAUCCGGAUAAAAUAACAUAACACUUAGAACACAAAGAUGAUAACAAUCAAAUACAAAUCUGGAUAUAGAGCUGGAGCUGUAGCUAGAGCAUAAACAGGAGACGGAGGUGGAGCAAGGUAUCCAGGAAUGAAGAGAAUUGGGUAAUCCCUCCUGCUUCUCCUUCUUCUUGGGGUGUCAACAAAUAUCCUCUGAUCACUCUCUGCAUCCAUCUUUGCGGACACUCAACGAAAUUUGCAAGGCUUUCUCUACAAGAACGAAUAACAAAUAGUUGAUUGGUAGAGAUGAAGAUGCGACAUUUGAACAAGAGGAUGAACUACUUCAGAAGAACUCAGCAUUAGUACAAAAAUAGAGUGUCAGGAUAUUUAUGUCGGCAUUUGUCAAGCUGGAAGAUUUACACAGGAUUAGAAGGCCCAA